AUGGCAGCAGAGGUGAGAGUUCUACAGUUCUCGGAAUGGGACACAGGGAAGAGGAGGCUCCGGUAUCUCUACAUGUGCCCGCCAGGUUCCUUCACGCUUCGCAGUGGACAGACCAAUCAGAACACCAUGAUUCCUGUUUUCCUAGGAGCCGAUGUUGUUUCACAAACAGGAGUUAGAACAGAAAACCAUCCCAAAAUUCAUGCUAAAUUUGCAAAGAAAGGAUUAGCUGCAAGGCUAAUUUUUAGCCCAGAUUUUAGGUUUGAGAGGGUGAGACUCCCUAGUGGACUGAACACAUUGUGGUUUUUAUAGCAUUCAGGGACUAUUUAAAGUUGCAUUUGAUUUGUACAGCAGAGAAGAGCAGUUGGCUGUCAUUGAAAGCCUUCAGGAGCUGUGGAAGUCUCAUAUCAAAGAUGACCCUCUAAGUGAAUGUUAUGAUCUCAGUAACUAUCUUGGAGACCCAAAAAUUGCCGUACCAUCUUUUACCCAAGCAGAGAAGGCUGACCAUGAAAAGUUAUCAGGUAGUUCUUCUAGAGAAUUAUUUGAUGUUCAUAGGGUUCCUCGGAGUCUUCCAGCAGAACACAACUACUGCAUGACUAAAGAAGAAGGAUCUAGCAUAUGCCAUUCACGGGAAACACUGAGUAAUGACUUCUUCAUGCAGAGAAUUCAGUCUAUAUUGGUCACCUGUGCCAACACGGUAGUUGACGUAAAUGAACAAUUAAAGAAGACUGCUUCAGCAUUAAUAGAUGUUGUUGAGCAAAUGCUAAGUGGACAUAGGUACUUGGAUAAGAUGAUUGCAAGCAUAGUGCAACUUUUAGAAACUGCCAGUCACUUGCAGAACAAGGAGGACUCGCAGUGUGAGGUCUCCACCGUGUAUGAUAACCUUCUGCUGUUUGAGGUCAGCAGUUGGCUGGGAGACCGUUUCCACAAUGAGAAUUUAACCAUCAGUGAACAAGUGGAAGAGUUUAAAAGGAAACAUAUUGAUCGCAUCUCAGACUUGCCUCCUGCCCAAGAACUGGUUUCUGCCUUAUUUCCUAAUUCCAUGAAAGUUUUAUUACUCAAAUGGAUGGGACUGUUUGACGAUACUUCACUAUCCAAACUGCAAAGUGAAUACCCAAUUGUACUCCUUAUUUUAGAAUUUGCAAAUCGCAAUCUUAUCACAGGAGUUGCUCAUGUUCUUUAUUCUACUUUGAUAUGUAAAUAA